AUGAUGGCCAAUUCUCAUCCUAACUCCAAGGCUGCAGGUAGUUCGAAUGCUACCUUACCUGCAGGGUGCCCACUGAUUCUAGUAGAGCACAAAGACUUUGACACCACCAGGCGAGCUCUGUUCCGCUCCAAUCUUGGUGACCUCUGGUAUGCAGAGACUAAGCUUCCUCUGAGUAUGGAAGAAGUAUGCAGCCCUUGGUGCUGGGACGUUAGGCCUCGCAUGGUCUGUAUGUAUGUCAAGCCAGUGUACAUUCCGUCCCUCAUGACCUUGGCUCGAUCAACUAGUGGGCUGUAUGAGAAGCGAAUUGACCUCCUGGAACAGGGCAUAGGCAUGUAUCAGGAGCCAUGGCUGAAGGAUGUGACAGGCAGGGAGAUCCAGAUGUGCCAGAUGCUGCAUCGAUAUCCUCAUCCUAACGUAUGUGCCUACCAUGGCGUCACCGUCGAUGACUCUGGCCAUGUGUCAAGUCUGGUAUUCGAUCAGUAUGACAUGGACGUGAGUGAGCUAGUGGACCGUGGCUGCUCGUUCAACGCUUCCAAGUGCGUCGAUGACAUUUCAGCAGCUAUUCUACACAUGCAUUCACUUGGGCUCGUCCACUGCGACGUCAAGCCUAGCAACAUAUUUGUGAAUCUGCAGACUGGGCGUUUCGUCCUCGGCGACUUCGACUCCACGCAUUGGGUGGACACGGUGCUGGCAACCAAGUGCGGGACGAUUGGAUGGGUUCCCGAGGAUGGGGAGACGAACAACAUGGCUAGUUACGAGAUAGAUUGGUUCUCGUUGGGGAUGCUGCGUGCGUGGCUGGCAAAGAAGGGCAAUGGAAGACCCGUAGAAGGUCAAAUGUAUCCACCAACGCGGCUGAUCAUGGAUGAGAUGCAAGCGGUGUUAUUGCGACGUGUGCGCGCGGGGACUGCCGAGCAACGUGAAAGUCAUGGAGACCGGGAGGACGAAAUGGAUCUGGGUUGGUAG